AUGCAAACUUUGCCUGCAACUGGCCCUGACCUGACAGCAACUGCGACUGCCAACCUGAUGCUGCGGGAGCUGGAGCUGCUCAGGGACGACAUAGCGCAGAUCAAGGAGCAGCUCAGGGACGACAUGGCGCAGAUCAAGGAGCAGCUCAGGGUCGACGUGGCGCAGAUCAAGGAGCUGCUCAGCGCGCGCGCGACGGGCGGCCGCUUCCCAAUGUCUGCAGCCAGCAGCACUUCGUCCUCACCGCGCGCCAACGCCUUGGCUACAGCAUCCACAGCGGGAGGGCUGGCCCCUGCAGGAUCCCCAUGUGAUUCGCAGGAGCUGGAUCAGGAUUUCGUCGAAGCUGUGCGGUUGAUCAGGGGCGCUGCAGCGGCGUAUGGUGUGCCAGCCGACUUUGGAAAAUUUGACGAGCUAACACGUGCUGUGCCGGAGUAA